GGAAAGCUGGAAAAUAUUUUCCCGUUAAUGUAGAUUUAUUUACUGGUGAAGCGUUCAUGGAUUAUAUAAAACAAGUAGCACAGAUGUAUGUUGGGGAAUAUCUCAAUUUUAUAGCCGUACUAGAAGAUACAGGUAUAAUCGCAGUUAUCAAACAGAUUUCCAGCAUUGAUGAGAAUUCUAAAAAAUCUACCAACAUCAGACAUUGGUCAACAUGGGUAAUAUUUCAUCAUUUACAAGUUUAUCAACCAAUUGAAAGUCGGGUGGAAAAAUUUGACAAUAUGGCAAUUAUCUACCUUCGUGAUCGGACUGAUGAACGUGUAUCUGUAAGUGACGUAAUGACACUUUUGAUGACAAACUGUGGCGUUCGGUUUUAUCCGGUUGAUAUGUCACGUGAUGAACAACUAUUUCCCAACAUCAACUAUAAAUACAACGGAAGGCAUUUCAACGUCAUCACCAAAACUUGGAAAUCGUUUAUAGAAGAAGAGUAUGUGAAUGGCACACCAGUCUAUAAAGGUUACAUAGCUGAUAUAUUAGAUUCGAUUGCUAUAAAACUCAACUUUACAUAUUCGUUUUACAACGAUCCAGAGAUUUCCUGGACUGGCUAUGUCAAGGGAACAAACACAAGUAUGUUUUAUAAAGUAGUAAAUGGUGAAUAUGAUAUAAAGGCUUACCCAUCCGCUGUGAGUGAAGAAAAGAUGAAACACGUGGAUUAUGUUUUUCCUGCUUAUUUUACUGACAAGGUUAUCCCCACAUACUGGAAAAGACCAGUUUCAUCAUCUUUCCUGCUUUACACCAAACCUUUUCAGAUUGUAGUGUUAGUUGGGAUUCUGCUAUGCUUCAUCUACUUCUGUUGUUUUCUAAGGACAUUAGAGAGAAUCAAUCCAUGUAACAGAGGAAAACAAAUAGCAUCGCUUAAAGAACAAAUAUUUCAUAUUGUUGGCAUCAUUGUACAUCAAGGUGGUAUGCUAAAGAUAGAUUCAUUAACAGGUCGGCUAUCUUUGGCUUCAUUUUGGAUUUUCUGUAUUAUUAUGGGAUCUGUGUACAAAGGCAAUCUAGUAGCGUUCUUUACACGCACAAAUCCAGUUGUUGUGUUUAACAGUUUAGGAGAUAUUUUAGACAGUGAUUACCGGUUGGGAAUUAUGGCAAACACCACCCUGUUAGACCAAUUAAAGAACCAUUCUAUUCCUGAUUACAAAAGACUGCAAGAGAGAUUGAACGCAAAUAUACAGUUACAUCCAGAGAUGGCGGCCUAUAAUCUGUAUAACGAUGACGUACAUAUAUCUCAUCUGCUUGCAGGAAAUUACGUUUAUUUCGCAGGCGUUUCAUGUACCAGCUUUAUAUAUGCCAAUAACUGUGACGUUAUCAGAUUACAAACUGUUGCAAUAUAUGACCUUUUUUACGCCUUUGGGGUUCCGAUGAAAUCACCUUUGAAACAUGAGCUGGAAACAACUAUGAAUGAGUUACAACAGACUGGACUUAUUGAAAAAUGGCAAAGGAAAUGGUGGCCGGAGAGACGGAAGGAUUUUUGUAAUGCGCCAUUACGUGUGAAACAACUACACCUGUCGGAUAUUUACAACGGUUAG